UGUUUGAAGAUAUUAGAUCAUUAGUUGAUAAAUAUAUAAUGAAUAUAACAGACAGGAAAGAAUUAAUUAAAAAUAUGGAAUAUUUACAACAGUAUUUACGAAAAGACUAUGUAAAAACUCUUGAAGUAACCAAGCAAGAGAAAAAAAAAUUAGGUACACUUUUGGGAAUCUCAACAUGGCAUAAAUUUACAUGGCCUGAAACUGAUAAUAAUGCAAGAUAUAUCUGUGCACGAUCUUUACCAAAAUUUGGGCCUUUGCAUAAAUUUAGCCCUCUACAAUUGCAAAAAAUUAUAAAAGAUUAUGUUUUCGAAAAACCAACACCAUCUUCAACAGCACACACGCAACCAGCAAAAACCUGGACCACUUUUCAUAAUUCUAUUCAAGACGAAGGUGAGGAAGAAUUAAUAAAUCAAGAAGAGGAUGGCGUAAAUAGUGACAAAGAUUUAGGUUUAAUAAAUUCAGAAAAUACAACAGACAUGGAUAUAGAUGCUCCAUCUAGAAG